GGACUUAUGUUAUAAAUUUCAACAUGCAGUGGUGUUAACAUCUUCAAUUGUAUCUCAAAAUACUGUAUUUUAUCACUUUUUGUGAGACAAAGGAACAUUUUAAAGAUGUCAGAAAGCAGUGUUUCCCUGAUGGAGUUUAUGGAUACAGGUAUUGAUAUAGAUGAUGUGGACAGCGUGUCAAGUUACAAAGUUCUUCCUCCCGUCCAAACUUAAGACCUAUGCUCCUCACAUCUCGGGCAGCCACUCAAAGAGCCCUACCAAGCGAGCCCUGUACCGAAACCAGGAGGAGUCCAUGCAUUCUACAGCCUACUUCGACUACCCCACAGAAAAACCCUUCAUCAACGACAAUUACCAAGAUAAUCCGGACAAAUUGGUGUCUACAUCACCUGAAAACAACAGACUAGCUGUGAUAUCGGCCUUGAAAAAUUUGCGAGAAAAAAUCAGGAAGCUCGAGACAGAGAGGGCUGCAGCAGAAACAAAUUUGAAAAGUUUGGCAGCAGAAACGCAUAGAUACAAAGACAUCUUUUCAAAGGAGCCAGAAAAUGUGGAGCCAACACAGACUAUCAUGUCUCAACAGUCCCAAGAAUUGGAGUCCCAGCUGACGGCAGCUGAGACACGGAGUGGACUGCUAGAGAAACAACUUCAACACAUGAGAAAGUUGGUGGAAAAUGCUGAGUCGGACAAACGUGACACAGCCACCAAGUCAUCGCUUUUACAGGAGAGGCAGCAGCGUCAGGAGGAGUUUCAUAAACCAUCCAUAACCUUUGACCCCCAGGCCGAAAAAAUCAGUUACCUGGAGCGAGAACAGCUCAAGUUGACAGCAACUCAAACACUAGCAGAGGGUAAAAUCCGAGACUUGGAGGAAAAGAUUAAAGAAGAAAGGCACCAAAGACAGCUAAUGUCAGAAAAAACAGCUGUGCUUGAGACAGAGGCACAAACAAACAGAAUACUGAUGCAUGCUGGAGGAUUAAAUGAGAAACGACCAACAUCAGCUCGGACUAAGAAAGUAAAGAAAAAGAAAAAAUCAGCUUCCAACAAAAAGCAGAAGACACAACCCGUUGAGCCGGAGCCAGAACGGCGCCGAGAGGCACUCAAGCAUUACAGACUUAACCUCGCUGACAUUCCUUUUGUAGCUGGCAAGUCCUCUACCCCUAGUCAUUCUGUUGGUGCUAAUGUCCAGCGUGUGUUAUCGCUAAUGAAGUCACACAACAUGGCCCUGUGUUCUGCUGACCAGUGUGAUACUCAGAGGUCAUCCAGUACAUCAUCCGGGUCAAGUUCUGACGGCCUGGACCACGACCUUGCCGAACUCUUGCUACAACUUCAGGACGAGUUUGGCCAGAUGAGUGUGGAGCAUCAGGAACUGUCGAAGCAGAUAAAUGAGGUGACAGAUUCACGGGUUCGUGAGGACCUGGAGCGGGAAUUAGACUCCCUAGUGGGGCGCAUGGAGUCCAAAAGUCAGCAGAUAUCAAAAGUCAGGAGGCACCAAGAUAAGGUACUACAGCUUGACCUGAAAAAGAAGAAAAAGAAAAGUUCAGAUAAUUCGAAGAAAAUACAACGACCAAAAUCAGCAAACACCAAUUAUACACAAACAGCAUCUGAAGUAGAAGUGACGACCACUAUAAAAACGAAGGGACGUGGGGCGGGUCUAGUACACGUACGGCCGACUAGUGGUCGCGAGGUCUCACUCAAUGUGUUAAAGGACAUGCGCAAGUUACAAACGACGUUACGACGAGAUGAUCUCCAUUGGGAAUAACACUAGAUCUUUGUUAUACAUGUUUACAACUUGUCCUGUGUUCUGAUUUUGGUUCUUUUUGUGAGAUAUCAUGAAAAAUACAAUGUAGUUGAAAUGUUUAGGUUGAAAGUGUAAUGUUUUUUCAAAGAACACUGUGAAAAGUGUUUGACAAACAUCUUGUCAAAUAUGUAUUGCAGUAUUUUUGACAAAAUUUAGACUUAUUAAUUACCCCUUUUUCAUCCCUAGAAUAAAAGUAAUCAAAAUCUUGCCUUUUUUUUAUGGUUGAUAAACUCCAGUAAUGAUUUCUCACAAGAAAACCCAGAAGAUUUGUCGGUAUGUAAGUGUUGUGUGUCUGUGAAGAAGUUAAGACAGGAAACCUUAUCCUUGCCGAGUGUGUUUUGUCCAUGUGUACCUAAUAAAUAUCCAUUUGUCUUUGUAUCAAACUUAUAUGUUUAAAUUAUACUCAUAGUACAGUAAAAACCUCAUUAGUCAAGGCAUUUAGUGUCUGUUGUAUAAAUUCUAGACAAAUGCAGCUUUCAGAUUAUCAAAAACAAGAAAAUAAGAUUUAUAUGUGACGAGUUAAUAAAGUGAGAGCAGCUUUAGAAUUUCCAAGGUUAUAAAAUAGGGUUAAAUGUUGUACUUGGAACUGUUAUACAGAAAUCAGUUACCACAGGGACAUGGCACAGAUCCUUAUCGUGGGCCAUAUCUAUAUAUUAUUACCUUGAUAUAUAUUGUUCCAAGUCCCUGUGUCAGUUACUUUAUAAGCUAAAUCUCUCAAAUCGAAUGCAUUCUCCUUAUACCAAAUAUGUGUAUACUCCGAUAUGAAUAUUUAAUCAUGACAAAACUAUAUCUUUUGAAAACUUAAGUCAUCCUGGAAAUGAUUUCGUGAUAAUGUGAUAUAGGUAUAUUGGAGCAAUAUUGAAUAACCAAGAACAUUUUCAAAUUGGGUUUGGGUUACAGAUUUUCAGAUUUAAAAAAAUCGUUUUUUAUUUUUUCAAUGCAGGUGUAUGUAAAAAAUUUUUUUAUUAAAAUAAAGAAUUAGGAAAUUUUAAGAAGAAACAAAAUCUGCAUACUGUGUGUAAAUAUGACGAUAUAAUCAAAAUAUACACAAUGUUGUUCUCCAAUAUUCCACUUACCAGAUUUGCAUUUCAAUUAUAAUAGAACUGUAUUGGAUGUUUAAAACCUCUGAUAUAGAUCUUUUUUUACUCUGUUGUAAAGUUGGAAUCGAAAGGUUGUCACUAAAAAUGUUGGAAAUGUCUUUCAACAUCCAUCACAGAAAAUUAAUAAAAGGACCUGUAUGGAAGAGUGCUCAAAAGUAUACAUGUACACAUAUUUGCAGUACAACGACAAUUUACUUAAUGUGGAUAUUGUGCAUUGUACUAAAUAUGGAAGCAUUGUCCAUUUAUUAUGCAAGUACUUCUCCAUAAAUACCUUCAAAAUACAAGAGUUAUAUUCAUUUGAUGUGUAACCCUGGUAAAUGUUAGAUGCAAUAAACUGCUCUUCUCUUGAGCUCGAUCAGUUGAACGUAAGACUUAAAGUCAGAAGUGCGGGGUACAAAUACGAUCUCCGCACAGAUGAGAUAACUUUUAUGGUUUUUGAAAAUAACGUUAAUUGGUCGAGUUGUUGUCUGUGGGUAUACCUGUUUUAUAAAGUGUCGCAUACUCCUCUAUCCCAAACGACAUUUUUACACUGGCCACAAGGAUUCAUGUUUGCUUCGAACAAUAAGUGAUAUUUCAACGAUUCAUCUUGCCUACUUUUGUGAAAAUGAACAUGCAAGUCUGUGAUAAUUGUUUAGUGUUCAUUUACAAAUUUUUCAUUAAAAAACAUAACUCAAUAACAUAAUUCGAAAUCGAAAUCAAGCCUGUACAUGAAUAUUACAUUAUGUAGUAUGGUCAGUUAGAGUGAUUAUUCAUACUUAUUCUAAAGGUUAAUUCAGUGAAAUAUCUACCCCACCCCAGGACUCCAGGUUUGGUUAAAGGGUACCACCUAUAGAAUUUAUUUAGUAGAUUACAUAGAGAUAAUAGGAAGGAAUUCCAACCACGGAUAGAAGUCCUGGGGUCAGGUAGAUGUUUUAAUGGAACAGCCCUAAUUGACCAUUCUUAUAUAAAAGUAUGACUUCAUUAAAAGUAAUUUUAUUGACAGAAUAUUUUUUUAUAUUCUUAAUGUUGAGUAAUAUUAGGGGAACACAAGUAGGAAACAGAUUUGAUUUACAUGUAGAUGAAGAAUUAUACAUAUUAGUUUUAUUUGCUUGCAGAGAAAAAAUUUGAUUAAUCUGGAUGAGAAAUCUUUGAUAAUACCCCGGUACCUUUUCAUGUUACAUUUUAAUCUGAGAGAGUUUGGAUGAAUAGUAUCAUUCUAUUUCACAUUCCGCAUUGGAAAUCAUCUGUCCUUUACUUGUGUAAUUCCACAUUGGUUAAAAACUGAACUCACAUUCCUAUCAAAUGGCAAACUGUGUAGAUUGGGGUAGCCCUACUGAAUUGUCUGUGAUUCUCAUGUGUAAAUAUUUGUAUAUAGCUGUAUAGUUAUAUCCUAUAAAUCUGAUGUACAUGUAAUGCAAUAAAUAUUUUAUACACUUA